AUGGGCAUUUUCGACAGGCUGCGCGGCAAGCGGGAGGAUGCUGCAGCCGAGGUGUCCUCAGCAGAGGCCGCCGCUCAAGUAAGCCCAUCGCUAGACCUCACAGAGGGCCCCGCAGCCGGCCCCGGGGCCAGCGCGCGGCAACAGACCUUUCAGAAGACGUUUGGAGUCGCUCCAAGCGACCAGUUGUACAACCCCUACGAGGGAUUGGGCGCGGCGCUGGACCGGCGCGAGGUGCGCGGCUCCUUCCGCGUCUCCAAGCAGCCCGAGUUCCUGUUCACCGAGGAGGCGCUGGUGCACAAGCGCAGCUGGAGCGAGAACCUCACAUACUACACAGGGCUGGGCUACCUGGCAGGCGCGAUACUGGGCGGCGGCAAGGGCGCGGUGCAGGCGGUGUCGGCGCCUGUGGCGCUGGCGGGGGUGGAGUCCAGCCAGCGGCUGCGCAUCAACCAGCUGCUCAACACCAGCGGCAAGAUGGGGCGCACCGCAGGCAACUCGCUGGGCGUGCUGGGCCUGCUGUUUGCCUCCUUUGAGAGCUUCUCCGGCUACAUGACAAACGGCCAGGUGCCCGACCAGGCCAACACGCUGAUUGCCGGCGCGGCAACCGGUGCGCUGUACCGCUCCGUGCGCGGCCCGCGCCAGGCGGCGGCGGCGGCGGUGGUGGGCACGGUGGGCGGAGCAGCGCUGCUGGCAGCCCGCAACUUCAUCAACCCAGGUCUGUGA